AUGUCGCUCUCCAGCUCCGCCGCUGUCUGUCAAGCUACUCCAGGUGACAAGCCGUUCAACUUCGUCGCUCUUCCCCUCGAAGUCAAGGAGCUUAUAUACAAGCACGCCCUGUUCGCUGGCGGCCAUCUCAAGUACAAACUCUACGUUAACUCCGGACACUUCGCCAAUAGCGCACUUCAGAACUCGUUCCCAGCGAUUUGUUUCACUAACAAGCUCGAGCGCAUCAUCGCUUCACGACUCUACCUGCGAUACCAAACAAUCACCAUGGACGACAGUGACGACUCACCAGUCCUUGAAGCUUUCCUAUCACAGUUCGGACAAGCCAAUGAGGGACUAGGGUGGUUGAAGCAUGUUGAAAUUGCCUAUUACGGAGACUUCUGUGACUAUAUCAGCAAAGCUAUACCUUUGAUCAGGGUGUGCACCGCGCUAAAGACAGUGGUAUUCCGCAUGAACUCACUACAUCUUUAUGGAAGGUCGGAACGCGGACCGGCAGAGAAAAAACCUAGCACCGGUGCUGAGAUCUUCGAGCGUCUGCGUCUACAUGGCUUGGCCGACUGUGGUCAUUUGACUAAGGUUCGAUUCCACGUGUUCAGGGGUCGUCGUGCGGAACUGGAGGGCCUGAAGAAGUUGAUCCAGGACUUUUCAUGUGACUUUCUGGCGUUGCACGGAUCGAUAGCUUCCAAAAAACUCGAUGUCGGUAUCAGUGAUGAGUGUGGUCUGAUAUGGGUGUUGGAGCCGCAGGCAUGA